ACGCGCGCGCGCGCGCACACACACACACACACACUAGGGCUCUCACACACACACACACACACACACACACACACACACACACACACACACACACACACACACACACACACACACACACACACACACACAGUGUCUUCACAUCACCAGCCUGCACUGGCUGCAAACCUCCCUCCUCUCUGCACAGAUCCCAGCCUUCUGUUCCUACUGGAUGUUUGCACACCUUUUUCCACAGCCUUCAUUCCGUAAAGAAGAAAUUAAAAAAGGGCUGUCCACGAGCUACUUUUUCUUUAUGUCUGUUUGCCGCUUUAUUUGACAUUUCUUUGGGCAUACAUCCGAUUUCUUGGGUUGCCAGGGAGAGCGCAUAAUUUCUGGAUAACUCCCCACCAGCGUCUCAAGUUAAACGCUGCGUCUCUCUCGACGACGGGUUGCGUUUUAACACGCGUCCGUCUCCUUUUCCAAAAAGUUGUGCAGCUCUAUGCGUGAUAAGUGCGGUGUUGUGCAGCACCAGGACCGCGGACCCGCGCGGCGUGGCUCCGCGUCGCGUCCACAUCGAUCCCCCAGAGGGAGAAGAGCAGGUGAACCCGCUCCAGUGUGCGCGUCUGUCUGCAAAAGACGCCUGCUGCGUUGCGUCGCCACCGUCAGCGGUGAACGGCGAGACUUCUUGGGAGGAAACAACCGGGGACCAAGUCUUGAGCUGUGCACCGGACGUCAGGGGGUUGUGAACCAGAUGCAUCGACAUGGGUCCCUGGCUGCCUGAUGAGCGGUUGGCACACCUCCCCUUCCCCCUGCUCCUCCUCCUCCUGCAAGCCCCCCUGCUGCUGUGCUUCGGGGAGCGCACCUGUCCCAACAGCUGUCGCUGCGAGGGGAAGAUAGUCCACUGCGACUCGGCCGGCUUCCUGGACGUGCCGGAGAACAUCACCGUGGGGUGCCAGGGCCUCUCCCUGCGCUACAACGAGCUGCACACCCUGCUGCCCUACCAGUUCGCCCACCUCAACCAGCUCCUCUGGAUCUACCUGGACCACAACCACAUCUCCGCCCUGGACAGCCGCGCCUUCCAGGGGGUGCGGCGUCUCAAAGAGCUCAUCCUGAGCUCCAACCGGAUCACCUCGCUGCACAACGCCACCUUCCACGGGAUCCCCAACCUGCGCAGCCUGGACCUGUCCUACAACAAGCUGGAGGUGCUGCAGCCGGGGCAGUUCCACGGCAUGCGGAAGCUGCAGAACCUCCACCUGCGCUCCAACGGCCUCACCAACAUCCCCAUCCGGGCCUUCCUGGAGUGCCGGAGUCUGGAGUUUCUAGAUCUGAGCUACAACCGCAUCAAGGCACUGACGCGGACCACCUUCCUGGGACUGCAGAGGCUGAUGGAGCUGCAUCUGGAGCACAACCAGUUCUCCCGGAUCAACUUCUUCCUCUUCCCUCGGCUGGCCAACCUGCGAUCGCUCUACCUGCAGUGGAACCGCAUCCGGGUGGUGAACCAGGGCCUCCCGUGGACCUGGUACACCCUGCAGAAGCUGGACCUCUCCGGAAACGAGAUCCAGACCCUGGAUCCGGCCGUGUUCCACUGCCUGCCCAACCUGCAGAUCCUCAACCUUGAAUCCAACAAGCUGUCCAAUGUGUCCCAGGAGGCAGUCUCGGCGUGGAUCUCGCUGACCGCCAUCAGCUUGGCGGGGAACAUGUGGGACUGCGGGGCUGGCAUCUGCCCCCUGGUGGCCUGGCUGAGGAACUUCAGGGGGAACAAGGACACCACGAUGAUAUGCAGCAGUCCGAAGACCCUGCAGGGAGAGAAGAUCAUGGAGGCCACGCGCAGCCACGGCAUCUGCGAGGAGAGCGACUACUACCAAACGGAGACGCCGUCCCCCACGCUGGAGCUCCUGUCGGAGACCGUCUCCGACGCCAUGUUCGCCCUGACCAGCGCCUCCACGCCACUGCACACCACCACGGUCGCCGCGCCCGUAACCCAACCCCCAUCGAGACCGGAGCCCGUCCCCUACCCCGUCCCCUACCCCAUCUUUCCCGGUCACGUGAGCAAGGGUCCUCGAGAACGCCUCCUGCCCCGCGGACGCCCCACUCCCCCCAUCCGGCUGGCCACGCCUCCGCCGCCGCCGCCGCCGCCGCACCCCCCGGAGACGCACAUGACUCUGCACAAGGUGGUGGUGGGCAGCGUGGCCAUGUUCUUCACCCUGUCACUCGUGAUGACCAUCAUCUACGUGCUGUGGCGCCGCUACCCGGAGGCGCCGCGCCAGCUGCUGCACCAGCAGCGCUCCAUGGUGACGCGCAAGCACCGCAAGAAGAGCCCCGAGCCGGAGCAGAACCUCAGCUCCCAGCUGCAGGAGUACUACAUGAGCUACAACCCGGCCGCCACGCCCGAGGCGUUGGAGGUGAUGGGCAACGGCUCCGGAUCCUGCACUUGCACAAUCUCUGGUUCCAGGGAGUGCGAGCUACAGAGUGUCAAGCCUUCUGUACCACAGCGACGUUGUACCCCCUCAUCUGCUCAUCGCAUAACGCUGGAUCCUCGGCCACGAGAUGUUGAUGAUUGCCGCGUGACCUCGAACGAGUACACCUGCCCACGCCCGCUGCCUGGCUCAUGGAUGGGAGAUGUGCCUUCCCUGAUCCACUAACCAGACGAGGAACAGACGUUCCUGAUGGGACAGGGCGGGGAGGACCGGGCGACACACGGGCAGCGCACCAGGAUUCCCUGGAUCCACCAUCUGCCCCUUUUUCACAGGAACACAAAACCAGAAGGACACACUUGUGUGAAUAACUGCGCACCUCUAAGGAUAAGCCAGCGACCAUAAGGACCGUUAAAAAAUAAACAAAAAAGGGUUUCUCGUCUCACAUUUUCGCCCAAGUUCUGUGGAUCUCUGAUGUUGUUUCCCAAGUGUCGGUCGUUAUCGCAAAACACACCGCCUCCGUGACGAAGUAAUGGCAGAAACCAAUAGAAAAUAAGGUAGACUAGAAUAGCGCAAGACCAGGGGGUUCUGGGUGCAAUCGACGAACACUCUGUCGCACACACUUCGGGCUAAGGACGAAGGUGACAUCUGUGUUUUGUUUGUCAUAAACCGGUAGCUCGGGUGGCUUUGUUUAACCGCAAACGUUAACGAGGCCGUAAUUGGCGCCAAUGAAUCACGGAUGAGUACGUGGCUCCAAUAAAGUCGAGCGCAAUUAAGAAAAAAACAGAGUUGACACAUUUUAAUUCCCCGGGAGGAGUUAUCCUAUCCCUCCCUCUCCCACCUCAUCUAUUUUGUAACGGAGGAGGACACAUCGAAGGGCACAGAGGCGGUUAACGUCACCCUGUGUAACUUCCGAGGAGCUACGUUUUUUCCCGAAGGGAUUGAGUUCAUAAGCUGGAGGAUCAGCGAGGUCUGAGAAACAAUUGUCUGAAGAUCACAAAGACAAUGCACCGGAAGGAGGACGCAUAUUCUGUUGUUACGUCAAACAUCUACUACCUAUCUUGAGUUGGAACGGGGGAAACGGACAUGAUUUAAAAUGAUUGGGGGAGGGCGGGGGAGAGGGAGGGCGGUUCGGGUUUCUUCAUGAAUUGUAAUUCUUUGGGGAAAUUAUAAAGUUGUUAAUAUCUUAGUAUGUUAUGACCAUGUUUUACCAUUGCCAAAAGUGAAUACAAAGAAAGACUGUGCAGGCCCUGGCUGUCGCAGCUGCUCUCUGAUGCAACCGAUCCGUGGAGCAUGAUUCGAGGCGUCACCAUUCUCACCACAUUGAGACACUUUCGUAACAAAAAAAGAAAAAUAAUGCGUUGGGGAUCAAUGGAUCCCCCCAGCGUCUCUUGUGGGUCAGACACGGGGAUGUUGUUAAGUGAAACUUCAUGUGUUUGUGUAUAUUGUGUGUAAACAGGGUCUGGGCGAUGAAAAGGGGACGAUAACCGGGAACAGAUUUUUAUCGGUGAGAAUGGGGCAAGGGGCCGCUCAGAUCUUCUUAACUUAUGUUUUAUACAUGUUUUGGACUCUGACGUCAUUCCAUCUGUGUGCGUGCGUCCCUGCUGUAGCAACAGGUGUUGAUUGGCCAUUACAAGCCAUUUGAAAAUCGACCCAUUUGUGACAUCGAAAGUGAGGGGAUUGUCUGCAGCGAGAGGUAUGAUGGACGGAUAGAUAAACCUUCCAACCUACCCAGUGGACUGUAUCAACUGGUAGGGUAAUCGAGGGGUAUCUCCAUCAUGCAUCUGGGUGGACACUCCCAAGUUGUGAUUUCAAGAUUGGGUUGAUUUUAUGGCUCGUUAGUUCACACCUGGUGGUAAAACAGGGGUCCGAUAAACAGGGAAACUGAUUCUCUCCAUGGACUGGUGUGUUUUGUCAUCCAAUUUCUUAUUAUCGAAUUUUGAAUUAUUUCUCUCAUCCUCCAUCACUGCUAUUGGAUUUCUACAAUGAACAAGGGUAAUUUUCUAUUGUAAAUCUCUUGCCUUUUCUCCCCUUAAAACAAAUUGGUGUUUAAUAAUCAUCCGUAUCAUUUGGUCACUUUAAAUGGUCUGUUUUAUAACGCAAAUAAUGACUUUAUUGGUGAGCAAUAUGAAAGAAAUCAAUCAAAUUAAAAAGUAUUCCAUCUA